ACAGAAUACAUUACACUGUGUUGACCUUUUUCUCAGCUCUACUUGUACAAUUCUUCAUUCGAGCGUAGGUCCUGGGUUCAGAUCUAUAUAUCGAACAACAUGCCUCCUGCAACGAGAAGUUCCAAGAUCAUAUUCAGUCAAAUUGAUCCCGGUCCAGAACCGUCGUACGAAGACGUCACUCAGGACACAGAUGUUGAGAUGACCAUAGAAGAAGAGGGAGAGAACAUCAAUGAGGAUUACGAGAUGGAACACGAUCCUGUCAGCAACAUUCAAGAGGAUCGAAUGAUCAUUGCUAUCGAUUUCGGCACGACGUUCUCUUCUGUUGCGUACACUGUCGUACCGAAGGGUACGCCGCCAGAAAGAGUCGAUAUACGCCAGGUGAGAUGCAUCGGCAACUAUCCAGGCUACGAACCUCCUCCUGGUGUACUGGAUUUCAGACAAGAUGUCCCAACUGAAUUGUGGUACGAUGAUGGACAAGUAGAAAGUCGGAGGCAACGCUUUUCCAACGGGGUCGAUCGUGCUGGAAACCCGGAGAGUGAAAUUGAGGAAUCCUCUAGCAGUGAUGACGAUGAUGCCGAGGACGGGCAGUCACAAUCACCAUUCGAUGAUGAUGGUGGGUUGGAAGCGCGCGCGAAUAUACGACACCGAGAUUUUCGCAGAACUCCUGCCACACAGUACUGGGGUUACGGAGUCCAGCACAAGCUUAGCACGAUGAACAUCCCUAGAGAUGAAGCACGACCACUCACUAGAUUCAAGCUCAACCUUGGUCACGGUAUAGAAACUGACGACGUUCGGACUGAUAUCAGGACAGCUCUGAAAGCUUUGAAGAGAAAAGGGAUCAUCCAGAACGACACGGAUAUCUACACGCACUAUCUCACACACCUACUAAGACACACAAAGGAACAGCUUCUUUCUUCCAAUGAGCUCCAACAAGAUAUGCUCAUCCAAUUUGUCUUGUGUGUGCCUGCCAAAUGGCCUGUGAGCGCAUGUCGAACCAUGCAGGCCGCACUGGAAGGGGCUGUGAUGGACGUCGGCCUGAGUGAGCGGGACGGUCAUACCGUGCGCAAUCUCUUCAUGAUUUCGGAGCCAGAGGCUGCUGCUGAAUGUAUUCUUGCUGAGGCAAGAAGUGAGGUUUUUCGUAACGAAACGGUCGUCAUUGUUGACGCUGGAGGAGGCACAGUCGAUGCCGUAACGUACAAGUGCGAGAACAGUGAUCCCUUGCGCUUGUCUGCGGAGGUUGUUAGCCCAGAUAGUCGAUUAUGUGGUGCGAGUUACAUAAACGAAAGGUUUGAGAAGAAGCUACUGCAUAAACUUGCCAGCGAAGUCUAUCUGGUUAAGAACGGAAAAACUUUGAAAAGUAUUGUACAGGCCAGAACCACUAUCUUUGAAAACUAUCAGAAGAGAAUCAUUGACAUCACGAAACGUGAAGCCCCCUUAGCUCCAAUCUGGAUCGAUGAUCUUAGGGAGAAUCGGAGAAAACACUUCUUCCAAAACGUUCUAGAGCUGAAGCGAAAAACAAUGAGUGGGUUCUUCGAGGAUUCGCUGGCAGGCGUGAAGGAGGUUCUCGAGAACCAGUUGGAGCUGGCAGAAAGCAAGAAUCAUCGCGUCGAGAAGAUUAUCCUGACUGGCGGUUUUAGCCAAUCCCCAUCUUUGCAAAGCUACCUGCGAACCUAUCUUGCGGGACGAAUGAAUAUCAGAGGCUGGAAGAUUGAUUUGAUUGUUCCGCAAAACCCGUCAACAGCAGUAGCAAGAGGCGCAGUUCUUCGAGCACUCAACAAGAGGUUUGGACCGAGCCGGAUUACCCAAUGCAGCUAUGGAAUUCUCGUCAGCGAACCGUAUGAGCCUGAUAGUAUAGAAGCACAUCGUCAAACAAGAUGUCGCAUCAAUAAAGCCGAUGGCGAAAAAUAUGUCGAUGAAACGAUCCGAUGGGUAAUCCGCGCUGGUGAGAGAGUGGAGAAUAUGCAAACGUUUACGUUUGACGUGAGACAUACCUUUCCGUUGACAAGGAAGAAGCUUGUGUGCGCUGAGCAACUGUGGAUGUCUGAUCUCAAACAUUCAGACCACUACAGAAAGACGCAUCCCUUGAACAAAGGGGCCGAGUUGAUUGGAUCAAUUGAGGCGAACUUGACCUUUUUGAAGGAAGACGGCCUGAUCCAGCCCCAGCAGCCAUCUGAAUUCAGCACCCAUUUCGGCUCACAGAAAUGGUAUUGGGAGGUUUACUACGAGGUGGCCAUGAUCGUUGAAGGUCGAAGUAUUCGCUUUGAAGCAAGAUGGCCAGUGAAAGGCAAUCUGCAACACGGGCAACAUCAAAAGGUGCUUGUGAUGAAGCUUGUUGGCAUUGCUGCGGCGUUUGCACCUGGCACUGCUUAGAUGGAGUAGUAUUUAAGCUGUGUUCGACGUUGUAUGCCUAUGAGAGAGUAUUUACAAUAUUCCUUUAGUUGUACUUGCACACAGAACUGUUCAUAGUUCCAG